UUAUUAUUUCUUCACCCUAUUCUACUCUCUUGUCCCUUUCUUCAAACAUCAUUCUCUGAUCGUUUUCUCUCAUUUUCUGUCAUUUUCUUCCCCAUUUUCCUUCCCGUCAAACAAUUCCUUUUCUCUUCGCCGCCGCUUCUCCUCAUUUCUCUCAGAGGUUCCAGUCCUUUGAGAGAAAGAGGUACAGGGCAAGAACUGUGCUAAAAACAUUUUUCGGAGUCUAGUAAAUUGCUUGGUGAGCUUUUGUUUGAAUAAAUGCCACUGCCAGUUGCAAAACUCAAGGCCUCUGACACUCCAGAUGUCAUGCGAACAGAAGACGGAAUAGAUACCAUAAUCAGACAAGCAAUUGGCAAAGAUUCUUUAUUGUAUAUUCCAAGGGCCAAUGAAAACCCAGGACAGUUGAUUCAAUUACUUAGUGCUUUUGAUCAGCUAGGUGUUACCAAUGUUUAUUCAGAAUAUCCAGGGUGGCCUUUGCUCUAUCCUCUGAAGGCUCCAUCAGACAAAUGUGAGAAAUGUUCUCAAGAGUUUUGCUCCACCAUUAACUAUAGAAGACAUUUACCUGUACAUCACCGAUUCAAAAAGCUUGAUAAGGAUACUUCCAAAACCAGGGAUCUUUUAGGGGCAUAUUGGGAUAAGCUCUCUGUAGAAGAGGCGAAGGAAGUUCUAUCUUUCGAAAAUGUGAUGCUGGAGGAAGUUCCAGGGUCUUCGAUUUUGAAUGCUUUGGUGACUCUUAAUCAAAAACAAGGAUUUUUUUUACUUCCGCAAUGUUAUAUGAGGGCUGGUGUUGCCCUAUUGGAUAUUCUUCAAUCCAACCCUUCCAGUUUUCCUAUACCUUCCCGGGAAUUGUUCAGUAUCCUAGAUGAUGCUAGUGAAAGAACAUUUUUAUUGGGGACAGCAGUGUCAAUGCAAAAACAUGUUUUUCAUGGAGGGGCUGGAAAAAUUGGACUUCAACCCAAAAACACAGUUGCUUGCAUAAGCUUCUUGCUAGAACAAAUAUUGGUUAAGGCAUGGCUUGCUGACAAGGAUGCUGAAGCACUGAGGUGCCAGAAACAAUUGGUGGAGGAGGAAGAAGCUGCUCAGAAAAGACAAGCUGAGAUUUUGAUGAGGAAACGCCAGAAAAAGCUUAGACAAAAAGAGCACCGGGCUAGGGAACAAAGAGACAAGCUUGAGGAAGAAACUAAAGGGAGUGUUGACAGUACACUGAAGACUCUGUCACCAGCAGAAAGUUUUUUGGAUACAUGUGAUUUUGAAGCUCAAAAUCCAGAGGAGUUUGCAAAUAACACUCCUUCACAUGUACCUAUUCAAUUCCCUGAUGUCAAUGAAGGAAAAGAUGGGGAUACUCCGUCUGGACUUGCUUUUGGCUCUCAUCAGAUUAUUGGACAGUCAGAAUGUGGACUUGAUCAUCCGUGCAGAGCAGUUGCAAGAUGGCAGGAGCCUCCAAAAUCCCCCCAACGCACGGUAGUCAGUGAUCUACAUACACACGAGAAUCCUCCAAUUUUAAAGCCUGAAGUCAUUCAGAGAUAUGGAACCUGCAAUGAUCAUAGGGAAGAUGCUAUGGUUAAUGCUGGUAAAGCAUGGAAUAGUAAGCCAAAACCUGAAAUUGACAUAGCAAAGACUGAACCAGACCCAGUUAAUAAUCAUGAAGUUUUGAUCGGAUCUAUAUCCGUCAAUCUAGGAAAAUGCAGCCAAUCAGAGGGUAAUGUGGUGGCAUCUCAAGAAGACUGCUCGGUUGAGAAUGUGGAUGACCAGAAUAGUUCUCAGGAUAAACCAAAGAAACCUGAUUUAGUCAAGAAUGGAAACAAUCAAGCAACAGUUAAGACUUCAACACCAGUUAGUCAGUUUGAAACUAAGGAUUCAGUUCCAGUUCAAAGUCAUGGGACAGAAGUUGAUGCAGGUAGUAGAGAUGAAGGUUGUAAAAAAUUGUCAAGGUUGGCUAGUGAUGGUACCGAUGUUGGUUUUAACAAGAUAAUCUCCAAUCUUGAGGGUCACGUAGAUCCAUUUCCAGUUAGUCAGUUUGAAACUAAAGAUUCAUUUCCAGUUCAAAGUCAUGGGACAGAAGUUGAUGCAGGUAGUAGAGAUGAAGGUUGUCAAAACUUGUCAAGGUUGGCUAGUGAUGGUAGCGAUGUUGGUUUUAAAAACAAAAUCUCCAAUCUCGAGGGUCACGUAGAUCCAGGGAAGUUCCAGUUUAACAUCCAGGCUGCAAAAGCCUUUCUUGCACAAAGAUGGGAAGAAGCUAUAUCAUCAAAUCAUGUGAAAUUGGUUAUUUCUUAUGACUCUGAACCUCCUGGGAGCCGGGAGAUACAGGAUUUGAAGGUAGCAGCAGCAUGUGAAGCUUCUGAUGGUGAUGAUGGAUGCAGCAACAUUCCAGCAAAAGCAGUUAACAAGUUGCUUUCAACUACCAAAGCUUCUAAGUCCAAACGCAGAGGGAGGUCUAAAAAGGGAACCGAUUACAAGAAUAUUCCCAAAGAGAAAACAACCUAAUAUACUAAAGUAGCAAAUUGGAUAACAUAGUUAUACAGAUAGGCACAGAUCAACUUAGUUGCCAUUUUUUAGCAAAGUUUUGACAUAUGGUAGAUUUUCCGGGUAAGUCGUUUGAUAUUGCACCCUUUUCAUAUCUACCUGAUGAUGGUAGCUGUUUUUAUAUAUCUACCAGACAAUAGACGAUGGUAGAUAUAGCAGGAUUUGGUAGACAAGUUCAUUUUUCUUGCGGAGUUUUUAGCGAAAUUUGUGUUAAAAUUCGUUUAGUAACCUUAAAGAUGAUCUUUUUUCUUCUUUC